CGACAACACGUUAUCUCUCUAAGGUUUCUAUUAACUGACAGUCGAUCAUCUGUCAAACUCGUAGAAAAUGGAUAUGACCACGGAGCAUACUCUCCUUUGUCACGUACCCACUUGUGACGAAUGAGCUGCCGCCUGUGGGUUGAUACCCAUGUGAUAUUUAAUUCCUGAAAUUUUUUCAUAAAAACAAAAAUACUACUCUGUAAUUCUGCGCAUACGAAUUUAUGUUUAUUUUCUGUGAUAUUUUAGGGGAUCUGUUAUUAGUGAUAGCAUGAAACGUAAGAUAUAACGGCGCAUUAAUUCAAAUAUGGCGUACGCAGGGAAAUUGCUCGUUCGUGAUUGGUCAAAUGGAAACGCUUCUUGCGCGUCACAAAGCAGGCUGGAAUCCACCAACAACUCGUCAGUACUCCCGAAAGCAGAGUGGUGAUUGGACGUGACGUGUCCGAGUCUGUCAUCGAGUUACUAUGUAAUUGUUUAUUUCGUUGGAAAACGUGUAAUUAUGAAUUGAAUAAACAUCAGUAUCGUGAAAACGAAAUUCAUACGUUGCACUUUUGUACGUUGCAUUCAUUGCGCACAAGAGUCGAUUUGUUUCGACGGAUCCGGUCUAGAACGUUCGCGUCUCGUGUUUGUCUCGUUCGUAAUUAUGCAUGGUAAAUUGUUGACGAGAAGUGAAAUCGUUUGCCUGUAACAUGUCAGAAAGUAGACUUGAUAUGGAUAUUGAUAAUCAAAGCGAGGACGGUGAAAUAAAGAAAAGCCCUUCGAAAGACAUGGACGACUUCAGCUUUUCAGAGGAGGAUGGGGGAGAUACAGCAGACUCUUUGGACAUAAAACCGCCACAGGCUAUCGUUCGACAUCACAAAUCUAAUUCGUCGCGAAGGAGGGACAAACACAGCGAUAGAAGAGAUCGCAGGGAAGAGAAAGAGAGAAAGUCUAGGCAUCAUGAUCGCGGGGAAGACAGACACAGAGACAAGCACAGACAUCGUAGACAUGGUGUGGACAUUUUGGAAAGGUCAGAACGUUCAGAUGGUUCCAAAAGAGAUAGGGAAAGACUUGAAAGGCUAGAAAGGAUGGAGAGUCACAGAGACAGAGAAUCUAGACACGACAGGAAAGAGAGAAGUACAGGGGAUCGUGUUUUGGAGGAUCUGAGAGAGAGAUUAUUAGAUAAAAGAAGAGAGAGGCGAGAGGACUCUCGAGAUAUUCGUGAUUAUAAAAUGGAGACUCGCCGCGAGAUCCGUUUGGAGGACACACGAGAGUUACGUGAGUCGCGUGAGCGUCGAGAAAUACGAUUGGAGGAUAUGCGAGAACGUCGCGAGACUCGUACCAUCGAUGACAUCAGAGAACGUCGUGAAAUUCGAAUGGAAGAGCACAGGCAUAUGAGGGUAAUGGAGGAGCAAUACUCCGAAACGGAGUUAAUGGAACGACCCGAGAGAAGUGAGAAACGUCACAAGAGGUCGCACAAGCACGAUCGGCUUCGUGAGAGAGACCGGGAAAAAGCGGAGCGCGAGAAAGAGCACAGGGAAAAGCAGCUGCGCGAGGCAAUGGAGAUCGUCACGGAUGAGCCAGAUGAUAUGGAAAUCAACGAAAUACCGAUACAACCAAAGGAUCCGAAGGAAAUGACCGAACAGGAACUUAGGAAAGAAAGACUGUUGGAAGCUGACAGGGAGAUGGCCAGAAGGAAAGAAGUUUCUCGGUUAGAGUUGGAAGCGCGACGAAUGAAAAGGGGUGAAAAACGACCUUUGAGUCCGGAUAAUGAUCAAGAUCCUUCUAUCGUAGAAUUAUCCGACGAGAGCCCAAGUCCCGCUCAUUCAGACGAAGUUCGUUCUAAGUCCAUCGAAUCUAGACACUCGUCCGAUGGAGAGAGAAGUAUACGCGAAAGAUCCUCCGAUCGACAUUCUUCCGAUUCAUCUGAAUCCAGCAGCGACGACGACGACGAAUCGAACGACUCAAAUAAAGGUUCCAAUGCUGAUUCCAACGAUGGUUCUGAUUACAAUAAUCCAAGUCCCUUGUCUGUUGAUCGGUUGGCGAAAUCUGAUCAUUCCGAUGGAGAGUCGCCUGGACACGUGGAUUCAAAUAGCGCGUCGAAGAACGUAGAGGAAGAGGAAGAGAAAAAGGAGGAGGAAGAGCCUGAAUUACCACCGUACUUGCCAGCAAUUCAAGGUUGCAGGAGCGUAGAAGAAUUUCAGUGUUUGAAUCGUAUCGAGGAAGGUACAUAUGGUGUAGUGUACAGAGCACGUGACAAACGCACGGACGAAAUUGUUGCUCUGAAACGACUGAAAAUGGAGAAAGAAAAAGAAGGCUUCCCGAUAACCAGCCUCAGAGAAAUAAAUACUCUGUUGAAAGCUCAGCAUCCGAAUAUUGUUACUGUCCGAGAAAUAGUUGUUGGCAGUAACAUGGAUAAGAUAUUCAUUGUAAUGGAUUACGUGGAACAUGAUUUGAAGUCAUUAAUGGAAACGAUGAAGCAGAAGAAACAGGUUUUCAUACCAGGAGAAGUCAAGUGUCUUAUGCAACAAUUGUUAAGGGCAGUAGCACAUUUGCACGACAAUUGGAUUCUCCAUCGAGAUUUGAAAACGUCGAACUUAUUGCUAAGUCAUCGAGGUAUUUUGAAAGUUGGUGAUUUUGGUUUAGCGCGAGAAUACGGUUCUCCUUUGAGACAAUAUACUCCGAUUGUUGUAACGCUUUGGUAUAGAGCUCCUGAAUUGCUACUGAGUGGGAAAGAAUAUAGCACUCCCAUCGAUAUGUGGUCGGUCGGAUGCAUCUUUGCAGAGUUAUUAAGAAUGGAGGCAUUAUUCCCAGGUAAAUCCGAGAUCGAUCAAUUAAAUAGGAUAUUCAAAGAAUUAGGUACGCCAAACGAUCGGAUAUGGCCAGGAUAUAGUAAACUGCCGAUGGUGCAGAAAAUUCCAUUUGCUCAUUAUCCCGUAAACAAUUUGAGACAACGUUUCAGCUUAUCCUUAUCAGAUUUAGGCAUCGAAUUGUUAAACAAAUUUCUUACGUACGAUCCUCAACAACGGAUCUCGGCGGAAGAUGCUUUGAAACAUGGUUACUUCACAGAAGCACCAUUACCAAUAGAUCCACAAAUGUUCCCUACAUGGCCAGCCAAGUCGGAGCUUGGCGUACGAACGGCGAAUGCUUCGCCUAAACCACCAAGUGGUGGAAAAGAAUACAAACAGUUGGGGGACGGAGACGACGCUGAUUUGAGUAACUCUGGUUUUCACAUGGGUCUUAUGGAAGGCGGUAGACAACCGCCUAUCGGUGGUGGUUUCCACUUGAAGUUUUAAAUACAUGAUAUUUAAAUACAUAUGAUAAAGUUAAAACAAGAGUGAUUGCUUUUUCUAUGGAAUAAACUUUAUACGUAAAUUUCGAAGUACUUGCUGCUUUGCAUUUGAAAUUACAUAGGAUAAGAAAGGAUAUUGAAAAAUGAAAAUCGUCAGAAAUUCCAUGAAAAGAAGGAUUGUAAUAAAAGAUUUUAAUGUUAGAAUUUAUACUGUUUUGUUGUAUGACAUUAAAUCUCUUCUUUCAAACGAACAUUUUGAAACACACUCUUGGAAGGAAGAGUUUAUAUUUUAUUUUAUCUAACACACAGUCGUAACUCGUUGCAGCUAGGAAAAAGAGAUACGAUUUAUUAAAAAAUUGUCAACAAGGAUAUAAUUCUUCUAGUUUAUUGAAUUCAGUAUGUUACAAGCCUAGAAGCUUCUCUGAAAUGUAUACAUUAAAUAAAGUGUAACAUUGUUGCCAAUAAAUGUCAGUAAUUUUACUUUCCAGCAUUGUUCAUGUUCUUCGGUAAGCCCAGUAGCGAAUUUAUGAGUUCGGAGUUGCGCUUAGAGUGAUGACAGGGGCAGGGUGGCAACGUCAGCAGUCUUGCAAGUUGCAAAUCAUUGUUCUGAAAGCACACCAUUCCUUUGCCGUAUGGAAAAUUCAUUCCCAACACGUUCCUAUAAGAGUCUUCGGUUGUUCCCAGUGUAGGGUACGUGAUUCCCAGCAUCAUAAUUAAGAUCAAUACAUAUUUCAUCGAUGCCAUGCUGUUUCCUUCGUUUCUUUAGAGAACUGUCGCGAAUGCUGUUUCUGUUGCCGUGCAAGACAAAUCUGUCCUGAGACCCCGAGGCUACGAUACUUUUAUACAGGCGAUGACCAUGGGGGGUUGAAAUCUGUCCACGACAGACGGAU